UCUGAUAUCAGUUAUACACCAUACUUCUCCCUUAAUGUCUAAUGACCUUACAUUUAACUUACUAAUAAAACCACGGUCACGGGUUGUUUUAAAUUUCUCUGUAUAGAAACUUUUAAAUGUGUAAUGAGAUGAGAAUUUAGUACCAAAAUUUUAUUUACGGAAGAAGUUUAUUGUUUUCAUCUCCGUAUCAAAAGGAAAUGAAAUAACUGAAAUACCGAAAACUUAGGAGCGGUGUGGCCGAGAAACGAUUAAGUUUCAAAAAGAACGUAAAAUUUGUGAUGACACGACACAGGGCGGCUACCCUACUAAACUAUCUUAUCCACGGACCAUGGCGCAACGAGGAAACCAGGAAUUAUGGAUCAUAAGUACUGUAUUAAUAUUUGCAGGCUUUGCGAGGAGUUACUCCCCCUGUUAUAAUAUGGCAAAGACAAACUCAAUUCCAGUUGCCCUUUUAUGUUACAACAACCAGAUAUUAGGGCGUCACGUCGUCAUAGACGCUUACAGAGCCAAAGAAUCUAGUACCACAACCUGUCUAUGUACAGUGUCCAGUGAUAAACCUAAUACACUGAACUUCACAAACUACAACGGCGUCCAUCCUGAGAAAGGGUGUGGGAGUUCUGUAAUAGUUCAAGCUGAUGGUACAAGUUUUUCAAUGAACUGUUUUGUGACUGACAAGCAGCUUCAAAUUAAUGGGUCAGAUGUUAAAAUUAAUCUAGAGGAUCCACGGCUAACCUCCGACACAAGUUACUGUAUAUCUGUUGAAUCAGCUGAUUCAUCUGCCAUGCUAAACAUCUCUUGUGAAGGAGACACUUUACCUUCUUCAACAACAACACUAUUUCCUCCAACAACCGAGCAGGAAGAGACUUCUUCAUCUUCCCUGACAACUGGAAGUCAGACAACCACGGACACAAGUCUGUCAUCACCUAUAACAACAGCACAAAUUACAACCACAACAUCAACCGCCUCACAAAGUCUAUCAACAUCAACUCAAUCGUCAGUUCCAACAGAAGAAAGCACCUCAUCACUCUCAACAACAGCUUCUCAAACCUUACCCGCGUCAUCCCAGGCAGCAACAACUGGAGCUUUAAUGACAACGGCAGCUACUUCAAUAGACACUGUGACAACUUCAUCUUCAUUCCAGACAGUGACCACAUCUGAAAUUUUAACCACUACAUCAAAUAUUGUCACUAGUGGUCUUACCACAGAAAUAGAUACAACCACUGAAGACAAGACCACUGACAAUGACGUAACUAAGGAUAGGCCAGAGUCCACCACUGGAAAUAACGUCAUAGAAUCAUCAACUGCUCCCACUCAAACCCCAGCUCUCACAACAACGAAAGACGUGGCAGACUCGACAACAGCUCGAUCUCAAACUUCAAAGUCUGUAACAACGCAAAACUUGACCUCAACAACUACUGAGCAGGUGUCAAAACAACCAGUGACGUCAACGUCAUCAUCAGCAAUAUUGACAUCUACCGACGGUAUCCAGAGUACCACUACAAAGAGAACGACGCCAUUUGUAACAACUAGUAAACCCCUUCCGGAGCGGGGGACUCCAUGGAGUGGAAUAAUUCCAGCAAUAUUACUUGGAAUAAUACUUCUCGUUGUAUUGGUUUUUGCCUUCAUCAAAUGCCAAAGAAGCCGAGAGAUAAAGUAUCCUAAAGAUAAUGAGAACAUCUCCAUUGAUAAAUAUCCAUCCAUGGGAGAAACAAACUUUGGUUAUGAUGCUUAUGACGAGGGACCUGACAUUAAUGCAGAGUUUACGAAAAUUCCCGAGGAAAUUGAAAUAGAUGGUAUUGUUUUAUCAAACACUACCUUAGAUGAUGUAGAAUCCCACGUACAACCCCACAACUUAACAGAAGGACCAUUUGUUAGAUAUAAUGUGAAAGAUUACCGGGCGAGUGGAAAUAUUCCAAAGUACGCUGUUGUCAAUAAAGGCACUCAAAACGGACCUGAUAUUUAUUUCUAG